AUGGGGCCUUGGAGUCGAGUCAGGGUGGCCAAAUGCCAGAUGCUGGUCACCAGCCUCUUUGUCUUGCUACUGGGCCUCGCUAUGGCCACCACGGCAGUGCUCACCUACCUCGGGCCCCACUUUGCUGUCAUCGGCCACGCGUCCUCAGAGAGGACCCCCUACGAAGUUUUGCACCUCUGGGCCUUCUCCACAGGAAUCAUCCUGGCCGGGCUCCUGACCCUGGGGGCUGUGCUGAGUGCUGCAGCCACUGUGAGAGAGGCCGGGGGCCUCAUGGCUGGGGCCUUCCUGUGCUUUGCCCUGCUGUUCUGCACCCUGGUACAGGUGGCCUUCUGGAGACUCCACAACCCCACGCAGGUGGAGGAUGCUGUGUUGGACGCCUACGAUCAGGUGUACGAGCAGGCGGUGAAGAGCUCGUCAGGAAUCUGGCGGCAGGAGCUGGUGGCCAUCCAGGACAUGUUUCAGUGCUGUGGUAAGAGCCCCCCCCUCGGCCUCCCGGAGGGCUCGGAGGCUGACCUGUGUCGGGGGCAGGAGGCCGCCAGACAGGACUGCCUGCAGGGGAUCAGGAGCUUCCUGAGGUUGCACAGGAACGUCGUCUCCGCCCUGAUCAGCCUCGGCCUCGCCUCCAUGGUGUACGUGAUGCUGCUCAGCGCCUUCCUCUGGUUUGCCAUCCGCUCGGGCAAAUACACCCUGAGCCCACGGGCCCGUGGCUGCCAGCCCCAGGAGCCCCACUUCUACAGACGCUGCCAGGAGGGGCCCGUCCCUCAUCACCCGUCUGAAGCAGAUGCUCUCAGGGGCCGUCGGGGUCCAAGCAGUCACUCGGGUCACCCUCCGCUGCUCCAGGACACCCACCCGCCUACACACAGGAGCAACAGAGACGCUCCGGCCUCGGCCCACACGCAUUCCUUACCAGGACGGGAUGAGCUAUUUUCCUCCACAUGGUGGUGGGAUGGGGAGGGAGGGGACCCCACCAGACAAGCAGCCUCCAUGUAA